AUGGCCACCCCUACUCUACUCAUGCAUGUCCGCUCCAAGGCGGACUCGAUAUCCAGCAAGGACACCAAGGACACCGCAGGUUCCGAUGAUUUAGUAGAUGCGGAGCCGAAGCCUUUCAAGCUUUCCGAAUGGUUCUUCCGUCGUGGCGAGAAGAUCGACCUCGAUUCGAUUGCUACCAGGAGAUCGGUGUACGACGAUCCUGCGUUGGCACCCCAUUACUUGCCGAAAAAAGAGUACGAAAAUCUUCACCGGUUCGAUCCAAAAAUUCGCUGGACAGUUCGCGAGGAAAGGACUCUUGUCCGCAAGAUUGACUGGAAGGUCAUGUUAUGGGCUGCCAUUAGCUUCUCCGCCCUGAACCUCGAUCGCGGCAAUCUCAGUCAAGCCAACACAGACAAUUUCCUUCCAGACUUAGGCAUGACAACGGACGACUAUAACACCGGUAACACGGUAUUCAGACUCGCAUUCCUUUGCGCUGAGUUACCUUCGCAACUUAUUUCGAAACGGCUUGGCCCCGACGUUUGGAUUCCCAUCCAGAUGGUUGGUUGGAGUAUUGUCACCCUGGCUCAGUUCUGGCUUACGGGCCGUUCUUCUUUCCUUGUUUGCCGGGCUCUUCUUGGGAUUUUGCAGGGCGGUUUCAUUCCGGAUCUUAUCUUAUAUCUCUCUUAUUUUUACACUAAAACCGAGCUCCCGUUGCGAUUGGCGUUCUUCUGGAUGUCAGCGAAUGUGUGCACCAUCGCGGCCAGUUUCCUUGCGUUCGGUGUUUUGAGGCUGCGAGGUCAUGAAGGCAAAGAGGGUUGGCGCUGGCUCUUCUUGGUCGAAGGUUGCAUCACACUUGCUGUCGGUAUUGCUACGUUCUUCAAAAUGCCGCCCUCUCCAACGGACACGAAGAAAUGGUACCGUCCAAAAGGCUGGUUUACCGAGCGAGAAGAGUAUAUCGCCGUUUCCAGAAUUCUCCGAGAUGAUCCCACCAAGGGUGACAUGCACAAUCGUGAGGGUCUGUCACUCAAACGACUGUGGCAAGCUAUGUGCGAUUAUGACCUGUGGCCCUUGUACAUCGUUGGAUUGCUCUUUGGUAUCCCUAUCUCGCCGCCUGGAUCUUAUCUUACGCUCUCGCUUCGUAAUAUUGGAUUCAAUACCUUCCAGACCAAUUUGCUCGCUAUACCGUCAACAGUCGGAAAUAUGAUUAGCAUGCUCGCGAUCACCUUGAUCUCCGAGGUCGUCAAUGAUCGUUCCUUUGUCGCCAUGGGUGAGGAUAUAUGGGCAUUACCGUUCUUGGUAGCCAUAUACUGCCUACCCGAGAAGCCGAAUCAAUGGAUAUACUUUGGUCUUGCGUCUGGACUGCUUUCAUACCCGUACACUCAUCCGAUCCAAGUUGCAUGGUGCUCUCGCAACGCGGGUGCGGUCGCCAGUCGGACGGUGAAUGCCUCACUGUAUAAUAUGUUCGUUCAAGCAAGUGGAAUCAUUGCAGCACAGAUAUACCGCAAAGACGAUGCGCCCAGAUACCGCCGCGGUAACACGAUUCUCAUCACUAUCUGUGUCUUCAAUAUCGCCGUCUUGUAUCCGGCCACAAAAGCGUACUAUAUGUGGCGCAACCGCCAGCGCGCCAAAAUUUGGGAUGCUAUGACUUCCGAGGAAAAGGCCACUUAUCUGCAAACCACCAAGGACAUUGGAAACAGGCGUCUCGACUUCAGAUUUGCCCACUAG